GGUACCAAAACAACCCUGUCCAAACGUAUGUCAGCCCUGCUUGGGCGCAAAUGCACAAAGAAACCCAGACAAGUGUUUUAGUGCUCAACAAAUAUUAAACUGAAAGUUUAGUAAAAUCGAAUGACAAAACCAACAAUGCUGGCCUGAAGAGAGAUAGAUACUUAAUAUAAACACACUUUAAUAACACAUUCCGCGCGUGCAAACCACGCAUAAACACGACCAGGAAAAGGACCGACGUUUCAAAGCUCCAAGCCGAAAUCAAUAAAAAAUUUCUUGACACUUGGGGCCGGGACGCACUGGAAAAUAAAAGCAGAACAAACACGGCAUAGUUGUCAAUAAACAUUUUACGCAAAGAAUUUGGGCGGUUAUAGAGGCUGACGGCAGAGGCAGAGGUGGAGGCAACGGCAGCUGUCGCUAUUCCCAAGAAGCGCCCCGAUUAAACUUUAAAGGUUUUGCUAGUGUGGAGGAUAGGAGCUCAUCAUGUUGUCGCGCCUGCAAGAUUUUCUGACACGCCAUCGACGUAAAUUCGUUGUAACUGGGGUUCUGGUGGGAGGCACCAUCUAUGCGGCACGUUAUGCGCAGCGCAAGCUCGUGGAGUAUCAGGAGCGGCAGGCGCGCGAAUUCUUCGAACGUUCGCGACGAAUGCACCAUUUCGAGUCGACGGAGCGUACCUGCAAUCAGGUGAUACUGGGCAUGGGCGAGGAAAUGUGCCAGGCGGUGUUGCACGAGUGCAGCACGGAUGAGCUGCUCGAGCAGCUGCGCCAGAAUCCUACCAACAAACUGGAGCUUUGGGAGCAAAUGAAAAUUGUAUCAUUCACGCGGCUGGCUACCUUUGUGUAUGCCUCCUCGAUGCUGGUCAUUGCGCUGCGUGUCCAGCUCAAUCUGCUGGGUGGCUACAUCUAUCGGGAUAUUAUGACAGAACAGCGGCAAAUAACCGACGAACUAAAACAGCAGUACUUGUCCCUGAUACGCCACUUCAUCACGCACGAUGGUAUCAGGGAUCUGGCGCGAUUUAUACGCAGUCAAGUGGUGGAAGUGCUCAAAUCAAUGCCGCUGACGCGUCAACUGACUCUGGCCGAUACGGAGCAGAUAUUCUGGUCGCUGCAAAUGGCCAUCAAUGGCGACACGCGACACGAUCCCAACUCCAAGAUGAGUAAGUACCUGCUGCCAGAUCUAACCCGCCUGCAGGAGAGAUUCAACUGCUCCCCGCUGCUGCAGCAGAUGUACAACGAGACGCUUGAUCUGCUCGAGAGUGAGGAUUGCGUUGGCGUGUGCGCGCAUAACGUGAGUCGCGGCUUUGUGCUCAGUUGUGAUGCCAUUGCGGAGUCCAUGGGUGACACACUGCAACAUUUGGCGCCCGGUGAGCUGCAGCAGCAGCAGCCCAUGAAUGGCCAAAGCAAACAGAGCAACAACAACAACCUGCUGGACGUUAAUAGGGUGCUAGUCGCUCUGGCCAAACUAAUACCCAUUAUCAGUGGACUCACAUCGCACGGCUACGACAGCUCUGCGCGGCCACACAAUCUGCCCACCCAGUUGCUUAGCUUCUAUGUGGUAUCCGAAAAAUCGAAAAUGUUGGGCGCCAAUGUUUACGAGACCUUUAGCUCUGGCUAAGCUAUAGCCACAAUAGAUUUAAAUAGUCUAAGCUAAAGACAAUUGCAACUAAGAUUAUAUUAUAGAUGUCUAUUUUUAAAGAGGAACAUAUUUGAACUUUAAAGGGAAAACAGUGUGUGUUAUGUGUGUGUAUGUAUAUCUUAUAUUUGUACUAUAACUAAGUCUUAGCUAAGUCAAGAGUAUUCAAUUGAAAAUUUGAGUAAACCUGCUCUUCGCAGUCUAGUAUAAGUGAUGUGAAUUUAACCCAAUAUACAAAACGAUCAACGUGAAGGCCUUUCAAA